AUGUAUUUGUACCUUUCGGUGGCUUUUGGCCUCUUGGCAAUUUCGGCGGUUCAGUCCAGCUCCAGCAACGGCGGCGGCUUCAAUCUGCGUCCGUUUAGGAUCAACCUAUCAAGUGGCGUUUCGCGUAUGCUUAACUUUGUCAACAAUACCCAACUACCCGGCGGCCCCGAGUAUCUAGGUGCCUCCGCUGGGAUUCCUCUCGAUACUCUCAAGUCGCUUCGGGCAGAGUGGCUAACCCGGUUUGACUGGGACAAGGAACAGCUGGCUAUAAAUGCAUUCAACCAUUUUACAGCCGAGGUAGAAGGCCUCACUAUCCAUUUCAUUCACGAAAAGUCAAGGACUCCAAACGCGAUUCCCUUGAUCCUUAUCCACGGCUGGCCAGGAUCAUUUCUCGAGUUUUUGCCCGUGAUUGAUCCCCUUUUACAGAACUCAAAAACGUCCACCGACACGCCUAUUACAUUCGACAUCAUCAUACCUUCUCUCCCCGGUUACGCCUUCUCGUCGGCACCGCCACAAAACUGGACAAUUGACGACACUGCUCGAGUCUACAACACUCUCAUGACUGAUGUCCUAGGAUACUCGGAGUAUGCUACUCAUGGGACCGACUGGGGGUCAUUUGUUGCUUACAGUUUAUAUGGUAACUUCAAUGGUUCCGUUCGGGCGUCCCACUUCUGUUUCUUACCCUUCUCACCCCAAUCACCGACUGAGCUAGCUGCUCUAAACGUUAGCCUUUCGCCUCUCGAGGCAUAUGAAGAGCAAGAGGCUAUGACUUUCGACUCAUCUGGAAUCGGUUACACAAUCGAGCAAUCAACCGAGCCAAACACCAUUGGCUUAGCCCUAUAUGACAAUCCAGUUGGCCAGCUUGCCUGGAUCGGACAGAAAUUUCUAAAUUGGUCUGAUCCUCGCGCCGGAACGCCGCCCUCGGUCCUCGACCACAACGAGAUCUUGAAAAGUGUCUCACUAUACUAUCUCACCAAAAGCCUCGUCUCGUCCAUGUAUAUAUAUUUUCAGAAUCCUGAGGCGCUUAAAACAGUAUACUCGAAAGCGCAGACUGACGCACCCAUGCUUUUUAGUGGCUUCAAGUACAAUCCCGGGUUUUGGCCACCUGCACUAGUUGCUCAAGUUGGGAAUCUUGUUCUAUACCGAAAUCACGAUUUUGGUGGCCAUUUUGCUGGGAUAGAUAACCCCCCGGCAUUGAUUAAGGAUCUGAGGGAGAUUGGAACGUACUGGGCGUAA